AUGCCAUACACUGCCGUACACCAAACAAGAUCUCAGAGCACAGCGUGGGGGGUAGCAUCUCAAGGCCAGCGCAGCCAGAUGGAGUACCUUCGCCAAGACCACGAGACAGCAGAAGCCCAUGCAGCCCGCCUGCUGGCGAUCUUGCAAGAACGAGACGCAAAGGAGUCGGCAGAGUCGGCAGAAUGGGCAAAGGCAGAAGUUGUGGAAGCCGCGUGCGAGAGCGGAACAAGCGACGGUGCAGAGGGAAGCCCUGGAAGUUUGGAGGAGGUCGAGGCCAUGCUCGUGGCGCAGUCUGAAGAGAGGCAGAACCCUAUGGCUCUCGAGGUGUUGAAGAGUCUACAACAAUGUGCCGUGUACACGGAUGCGCCCAAUCAUGAGACGAACCGUAAGCUUUGGGAUGCUUAUGCCAAUUCUUGGAAUUCAGACAAAGACUGGGUGAAGCGCAUGUCAAAGCACGUUUCUCGAGAUGACUUACAAUGUCUGGGAGAUGAGUGGUCUGAUGCUGAGUCUCUCGAGGCUGUGCUACAUGAAUGGCUCUACUCAUAUCUCGAAGGAUGCCCCAAAGUCGCCGAGAUUGGAAGCGGUGGCGGCCGAGUUGCCGCGAGGGUUGCGCCCAAAGUCGAGCGCCUGGUCUGCUUUGACCUGAGUGAGGGCAUGUUGGCCCGUGCCAAAAGCCGAAUUGCUGAACUCGGACAUCGACAUGUAGAGUUCCAACUUGUGCAGGGGGGCACAUCUUAUCCGGAGGAGUAUCGCAACUGUUUUGACUUUGUGUAUUCCUUUGACGUUUUUGUUCACAUGGACCUGCACCAGAUGAGGCAAACCCUGCAUUGCAUGCGCUCUAUACUACGCCCAGGCGGACUUUGCUUCAUUUCCUUUGCCAACUUGCUGGCCCCUGAUGGCUGGCGUCGGUUUGCCAAGCAACGGCACUACAGCGUAGGCGGCUUUUACUUUGUGUCUCCCGACAUUGUCUCUUGUUUGUUAAAGCAAACAGGCUUCAGCCUGAUCAGAAUGUCAAAGCCACAGGCAGGAAACACUUACUUAAACCGGGACCUCCUUGUUAUUGCCAGUAAAGUAGCUUGA